AAAUAUAACAAUUUGUGCGAAGCGAACAUAGCUAGUUCCUCUCAGUAAUUUAGCCUUAGUGCCAGUUAAUAAUCGUUGUUUAAUAUCAUCAGAAUAAUUAUGGAGCAGGUAAAUCAAUUAAAGGAGAAGGGGAACGCCGCUUUGUCGUCAGGUAACUACGAAGAGGCUAUCAGAAGUUACAGUGAAGGUCUAGCUUUGGACCCUAAAAACCACGUUUUGUAUAGUAACCGCUCUGCGGCACAUGCUAAGGCUGGAAACUACGCUGCGGCCCUCGAGGACGCAAACCGGACGGUGUCGUUGAACCCUACGUGGAGUAAAGGGUAUUCACGUAAAGGCAGCGCUUUGGCUUAUUUAGGCAAAUUUGAUGAAGCUAUGGCGGCGUACGAGAAAGGUCUAGAACUGGAACCUAACAAUACGCAGCUGGCGCAAGGGUUGAUCGAGGUGAAGAAGCAGGCGGAGGAAGCUAAGUUGAGGACGGAGCAGCUGUUUGAAAAGCUUAGAAACAACCCACAAACAAGAGAUUGGUUGAAAGAUCCAGAAUAUGUUAAGAUUGUAGAGAAACUAGCUCAAAAUCCAUUUGAUAUUCAAAGCUUAGAUUCUAAAAUGCAAGACAAAAGAGUACUUACAACAUUAAGUGUCAUGCUCGGACUAGAUCUUGGCUCUCCCAUGGAUGUAGACCCACCAGCACCAGAAAGGAAACCACCAACAGAAGCACCUCCAAAGCCAGAGGAACCACCAAAACCAAAGUACGAUGACCUCCCAGAGAACCGUAGAAAGGCAUUACAUGAGAAAGAUCUAGGAAAUGACUACUACAAGAAAAAAGAUUUUGAAAAUGCACUGAAACAUUACCAAAAAGCCAUAGAAUUUGAUCCUACAGAUAUGACUUUCUUAACAAAUAUGGCGGCUGUGUACUUUGAACAGAAGGAGUAUGAGAAAUGUAUCAAAGAAUGUGAGAAGGCAAUUGAUAUUGGUAGAGAGAACAGGGCUGACUUUAAGCUAAUAGCUAAAGCUUUCACUAGGAUUGGUAAUGCAUACAAAAAGAUGGAACAAUGGAAGUUAGCAAAGACAUACUAUGAGAAGUCAAUGUCAGAACACCGUACUCCGGAAAUAAAAACACUGCUAAGUGAAGUUGAGCGCAAAAUAGUGGAGGAGGAGAGAAAAGCUUACAUUGAUCCUGUUAAAGCUGAGCAGGAGAAAGAGUUGGGCAACGAAUACUUCAAAAAAGGUGACUAUAGCGCAGCAGUAAAGCACUACACCGAGGCCAUAAAACGCAACCCUGAUGACCCCAAGCUGUAUUCCAACCGCGCCGCCUGCUACACCAAGCUGGCUGCCUUCGAUCUUGGCCUUAGAGACUGCGAACAGUGCUGCAAACUCGACCCUAAGUUUAUUAAGGGCUGGAUCCGGAAGGGCAAGAUUUUGCAGGGCAUGCAGCAACACUCAAAAGCCCUGAGCACGUAUCAGAAGGCUCUAGAGCUGGACCCGAGCAACGCCGAGGCGCUGGAGGGCUACCGCGCCUGCUCCACGCAGCUGAACUCCAACCCUGAAGAGGUGCGUCUGGUUAAACAUGCCAAAUACCUUAAUCGUUUAGAAAUAAUAAAAAUCACAACACCUGACCACACUAAUGAACAAUCGGUCAAAGGGCGACUUCCAUUAUCUACAAUAAUAGAGAACAAAUGA